UCUCUCUCCCCCCGUCGGGCAGGGGCGGGCCCGGCGCAGGGUAUAAAAGCUGCCCGCGCGGGAGCCCAAGCCAACUCUGGGGUUGUCCUGGGACGUGUCCCGGCUCCUGAGUCUCACGACCAGGCGACAGCGACAUCUCUUUUGAUUAAAACACCCAGCGUCCAGUGCUCCGACUAAAGCAUCCAAGGGACUGCCACCCGCGCCUCCACCAUGCCCAACUUCUCCGGCAACUGGAAGAUCAUCCGAUCGGAAAACUUCGAGGAUUUGCUCAAAGUACUGGGGGUGAAUGUGAUGCUGAGGAAGAUCGCAGUGGCCGCCGCGUCCAAGCCGGCAGUGGAGAUCAAGCAAGAGGGAGACACUUUCUACAUCAAAACCUCCACCACAGUGCGUACCACGGAGAUCAACUUCAAGAUUGGGGAGGAGUUCGAGGAGCAGACUGUGGACGGGAGGCCCUGCAAGAGCCUCGUGAAAUGGGAGAGUGAGAACAAAAUGGUGUGCGAGCAGAGGCUUUUGAAGGGAGAGGGCCCCAAGACCUCGUGGACCAGGGAGCUGACCAAUGACGGGGAGCUGGUCCUGACCAUGACGGCGGAUGAUAUCGUGUGCACCAGGGUCUACGUCCGAGAGUGAGCGCGGAGGGUCCGAGAGCUGCCAGAGCCCCGCCCCCAGCCCACUGCCCCUCCCCCCUUCCUUCUAGGCCAGCUCUCCCCUCACCCUGCUCACUUCCGGGGAUGCUGGGAUGCCAGCACCAGGGGGGCUCUGCUUUUUGGGCCUCCCCUCCCUCCCCUCCCCCCUCCCCCAACAAAGAGGACCCAUGGCAAGAGCCUGGAUCACCCGGUCCAGAAUCACUCCCCCUCCCCAGCCAGCGGUCCAGCCCCAAACCAGCCCGGAGCACAGCCUCUCUCUCUCUGUGAGGGGACCUGAGGGCCCCAGGGGAAAACAUGGCCCCCUGGCUCCCACUCUGUGUCCCAGUAGCCUACACAGUGUAGAAUAUUUAUUGGUUAAUUUUAUUAAACUCUUUUAAAAAAUA